AUGUGCGUGGAACCAGAUCGCAGAUUGGUUUUUUUCACUUCGGUGUUGAAACAAUCUGUCGCAACGCUGGUGCCGACGUGGGUCCAUGUGCUCGCUCAUCUGGCCGGCCAAGCCUACACCCAUCGCUCAUGGAUAGAUGAGGAUCAUGGAACGUCAUGGAGAUGGUGGACGCAAGAACUGAUGCGACGCCUUGGAUGGCCGGAAAUCAUCCUACCUGUUGAGUUUGUGAAUGAAUAA